AUGCAGCAAGAGAAGGCUGCAGUACAAUUGGACUCACUCCUAUGGAAGAUACAGAAAGACCUCCAGAAGGAUUUGAGAAGCUCGAGCUAUUUCCGGGUGUUCCUGUUCCACCGCUAUAGGGAAUUGAUAGGGAAGGAGCUGAGUUGUCGACCUGUACCUGAAAGAGCUCCAGUUCCAGGAAAGCCAUUACUAGACAAAGGAAACCGUUGGCUUGCUCCCGUAUUUAUUGGCCGUGAUGCAAAGGACGAUGCUGUCAUGCUGAGCGAUGGGCUGGUACCACUUCCACCUGUUGGGCCGCGGCCAGAGGGCAUGGAGCCAGACAGGAAGCCACCUGACGGACUCGAGUUAUUGCCAUAUGGGGCAGUAACGGGUAAGCCCCCAUUUGUCAAAGGGAAUCCUGGCUGGAUAGGGGAAGCGUGUGGUGAGGCGGUGGAUGGAAUUCCAGAAUUAGUAUUAAAGGGAAAGCUAUUGAUCGGUGAAUUGUUGCUGGGAACAUUACUAUUCUCGCUUCCUCCUGUUCCUUGA